AUGGAUAGAAAUCGUUUGAUCGACGCUCUUCAAGCGACAACUUCAUCAACGGAGCAAAUAAAAGAAGCGACUGCAUACCUGGAUGAAGUUCAAAAACUUGAAGGAAUCGCUCCUCUUUUGCUACAAAUUGUUGUUGAUGAACAAAUAAUUUGUACUGCUCGGCAAGCUGGAGUGAUUUAUUUAAAAAAUAUGAUUAGCAGGAGUUGGAUCCAAGAUGAUGAUGAAAAACUUUCUAAUUUCGUUUUAUCUGAGGCAGAUAAAGAUUUUAUUCGGGGAAAUAUUAUUGAUGCGAUUGUUGCUACACCAGAAGCUCUUUGUACUUCUAUCGGUAUAAUAUUGCGACAUGAUUUUCCUGAUUAUUGGACUCCCAUGGCACAAAAAAUCACGUCUCUUUUACACUCGAUGGAUGGACCAUCCUGGUUAGGCGCAUUACUUGUAAUACGGCGUUUGGUGAAGUUAUACGAAUACCGGCGAGUGAAGGAAAAAAAACAGUUAGUGGAAACCAUGUCAAUAUUAAUGCCAAUGUUAUAUGAACGAUUAAUAACCCUUAUGCCUGACAAUUCGCAAGAAUCGUGCCUUUUGCAAAAAAUCAUUUUAAAAGUGUUUUAUGGUCUUGUUCAAUUCUCUUUAAACUUGGAAAUGUUUUCUAUGGAAACUUUGGGAAUGUGGUUUGAACAAUUGAGAUUAGUAGUUGAAAGACCAGUACCUGUUGAACUUGAAAAUAUUGAUGAAGAUGAUCGUCCUAGAACUGUGUGGUGGAAAUAUGAUUCAUUAAGAUAUGGAUCACCUGGCCAGGUUGAAAGUGAUUACAAGCUAUUUGCGGAAUAUUUUUUGGUUAAUCAUGCUCAGAGAAUUUUGCAUACCUUACUGGCUGUCCUUGAUCGAUAUCGGCAAGGAGAAUAUAUCGCUCCACGAGUCUUAAAUUUUAUUCUUGGUUAUGUAGCCACCGCUAUUUCGCAGGCUCGAACAUGGAAAGUAAUAAAACCUCAUUGCCAUGAACUGAUUUGCUCUGUUUUGCUUCCUUUAUUCAAAUAUUCUAGUGAUGACGAAGAUCUUUGGAAGAAUUCUCCGGAAGAAUAUGUUCGCUUAAAAUAUGAUCUGUACAGUGAAAUUCAAGAACCUGUAAGUGGGGCGACAAAUGUAUUAACAGCAGCGGUGAAAAGAAAAGAUAUUCUGCCUCCAGUUUUGGAGUUUCUGUUGAAAAUUCUAAAUUUAUCAGAGUAUGGUAUUAAGGAGAAAGAUGGGGCUUUGAGAAUGAUUGGUGGAUUAUCUCAAAUAUUGCUUAAAAAUAAGGUUUAUUUUUUUAUUUCCUAA